AUGGUAAACCAAUUCCUAGUAAGGCCUCUCACGAAUGUGUGUCAGGAAAGUGCCAGGACUGGCGUGGUACCAAAUCGCUGGGUCCAUGUCCCGGUAGUUGUGGACCACUGCUCUAGUUCCCUGCAACCCUUAGCAGCUCCCCUACCGAUCCUUUCAUAUUGGGGCUCGGGGUCGGGCCCAGGGGGAGUCGCCACCAUUGCGUCCCACGAUUGGAGUGCCAACGGAAGCCCAGAAGAUGGGCUGGACGGCGGGGACAACGAGGACAAGGCCAUCGACGGCGACGCCGAGGGGGUGUGGAGCCCGGAUAUCGAGCAGAGUUUUCAGGAGGCCCUCGCCAUCUAUCCGCCAUGUGGCCGGAGGAAAAUCAUCCUCUCGGAUGAGGGCAAGAUGUAUGGUCGCAAUGAACUGAUAGCGCGGUACAUCAAACUGAGGACGGGGAAAACUCGCACAAGGAAACAGGUUUCUAGUCACAUACAGGUGUUAGCACGGAAGAAAGUUCGCGAAUACCAGGCGGGUAUCAAGGUUUCUAGCCACUUGCAGGUUCUCGCCCGGAGAAAAUCUCGCGAGAUCCAGUCAAAGCUAAAGGCGAUGAAUUUGGAUCAGGCAUCCAAAGACAAAGCCCUCCAGAACAUGGCGGCGCUGUCGUCGGCGCAGAUCGUCUCGCCGAGCAUGAUCAAGAAUCAUCUUCCACCGAUGCCCCCUGCCCCCUACCAGCCAGGCAGAUUCUGGCCCGCGCCGAUUCCGGGACAGCCUGGACCUUCUCAGGAGCUUGUUCUAGAUCUCAACCCGGGAAGGACUCCUGGGCUUGGCCGCACCAGCCAUGCUAUCAAACCUUUUGCACAGCCCCCAUACCCGAGCCUAUCAGGUCCUGUACCGCAGUCCAUACCAAGUUACGAACCCUUGGCGCCGCCCCUCGCGCCCACAGCUACAGCGGUGCCAGUGUGGCAGGACCGGACCAUCGCCUCCUCGAAGCUGCGCAUGUUAGAGUACUCGGCCUUCAUGGAAGUCCAGAGGGACCCGGACACUUACAGCAAACACCUGUUUGUCCACAUAGGACAGACCAACCCCUCCUACAGCGACCCCCUCCUGGAGGCUGUGGACAUCCGACAGAUCUACGACAAGUUCCCCGAAAAGAAGGGCGGCCUCAAGGAGCUUUACGAGAAAGGCCCUCAGAACGCAUUUUUCCUGGUUAAAUUUUGGGCCGACCUGAACAGCAGCGGCAUGCAGGACGGCCCCGGGUCUUUCUACGGCGUCACCAGCCAGUACAGCAGCGCCGAGAACAUGACGAUCACCGUUUCGACCAAAGUCUGCUCCUUUGGGAAGCAGGUGGUGGAGAAAGUCGAGACCGAGUACGCCCGCCUGGAGGGGGGCAAGUGUGUUUACAGAAUCCACCGCUCCCCCAUGUGCGAGUACAUGAUCAACUUCAUCCACAAGCUCAAGCACUUGCCCGAAAAGUACAUGAUGAACAGUGUUCUUGAAAACUUCACCAUCCUGCAGGUGGUAACGAACCGGGACACCCAAGAGACGUUGCUGUGCAUCGCGUUCGUGUUCGAGGUGUCCACCAGCGAGCACGGCGCCCAGUACCACGUCUACAGACUUGUGAAGGACUAAGCAAAAAAAAAAAAAAAAAAAAAGUGAAAACACGCCGUCCCCCCUCUCUUCAGCAAAACCAGAAACGACGCUAGUGAACUAACACUCGCACACAUAUAAGAAAAAAAUAAACACCGACAAUCGCACACACUUGCAUUUACAGACCAGUAGCUUGUGUUGAAACUUGCUUUAGAUGGAGUGGAGGUACGCCAAGGAGCUUGAGGGAAUGAGAAGGUGUUGAAUGAGAUCACUCAGAGCAAGAAGAGACGACAGAACUGGACCACAGAGGAAGAGGAAGCGGUGUUGCAGUAGAUUUUGUUCGGAAAGAAAAGUGCCUUUUUUUUUUUCCUCCAAAGAUAUCGUUGCCUGCCACUUUGAAUUGCCUUUUGUACUACCUCUUUUUUUUUUUUUUUUUUUUUUUUUUUCAAAUGACAGAUCAUCAUAAAAGAGAUUCAAUUGGAAAUAAGCCCUUCAGGCUUUUCACGCCAACAUUUAUCAGUGAAAAGACUUUUUGCCUUAUCAUUCUGGUACUGCCUGCCUGUUUUAAAUCUUGUUUGACACGGGGUACACACAUACCGAUUUUCCCACACAAGGGUUUGUGAUCAUACAUUUUGAACAGUGUGUAUGUAUCACACUUAAUUUUAUAUCGUUCUGUUUCACAUCACAAUCACAAACUCUGUGACUUGGCUAAUAUCUGUGUUGAUCACACACAAUUGUUUGCGAUCAUAAAUACUGAAUAGUAUUGUUCAGUAUAAAUACUGAACAAUUGUCACCCUGACUGUCUUUCGAGGAAGGGAAAAAAUAAUAAUUUUAACACACCCCACACCAGUGGAUAAACGCUCAUGACAAUCUUCUAGAGACAUGCAACAAUCGGUCCUUUGCUGACUUUGAUUGGAAAGAGGGGAAAUACUUAAAUCCGGCCCAAAUAUCAGUAUGUGUGUAUCUCACUUUAAUUGGUGUUGACAACACCCAUAAGGAUUUGUAAUUGUAAAUAUUGAACAGGUUUAACAUUUAAGAUCUUCAGCCCAGCUCGUCUUCCGAGCAGGCCGGGGAGGAAAGAAAAUCCCUUAACACUACAGCAUAAUCGCUCAGGAUAAUCUUUUAGAGACAUCCGACAAUCAGUUCUCUGCUGACUUUGUUUGAAAAGGGGGGACGAAAUGAUCAUAUUUGACCUGAUUAUCGGUAUGUGUGUACCCCGUUUUACAAAUAAAAGAUUUUCUGACACUACGGAUGCUUUUUACUGUUGCUCGUCUUACAUAAAACCAGCGACACCCCCGUUGUUACAUUGCUUUAUCGGAAGAUGUGUGCUCGGCUGUGCUGUGGGGCGGUGGAGAUAAAGUGACAGCGGUGUUUUGUUUUUAUGCCUUGACGUGUAUGUAGCCUAAAGUGAAAACUACGUUGUUGUUGUACUGUGAGUCAAGUGGAUUCUAAAGGAAUAUGUGUUACAUAGGAGUAUUUUUUAAUUUGAGGAGGGGAAAGGGGGUGUUUAUUUUUGAUCAAGUGACCCAGCACAGAGGGGAACGAGCGAAUUGAAAUCACGGUUUCUUUUGUUUAAGAAAGAAAUUGCAUGCUGUGAAGUCAUACACCUUCACUCACUAUGCACAGAAGCUUCAGUUGUUCAUAUUUAAGACAAUUUAAUUCACAUCCAACUCCAACCUGUUGUCUCUGUGCUGUGUGGAAUGUGAUUGUUAUUUAUAGGGUUGGAAAGCAGAUGCUAAUAAUAAGGGCAGAGUGGGGUUCACUUAAUCAGUUUUGCAUUGAUUUGGAGAUGGUGAAACGGAAAAGCGUCCGUGCGUGUGUGUGUGUGUGCGUGUGUGCGUGUGUGCGUGUGUGUGUGUGUGUGGCUCACUGGACAAUUUUUCGCCAUAAAAUUGGACACAUUUUGACAAAAGUGCCUGCCUGGCUUUGAAUCUCGUAUUUUGCAAACUAGACACAAAAAAUAAUAAUAAUGCUCCUUGCUCAGUGUAUCUUUUAUACAGUUUUCUCGCCAUUACCAGCAUUUGUCCAUGUUUUGAUUCUGUCGUGUUUUUGACUGUGAGUGUUUUGCCUCACUGAAAAUAAUGUGUGAUUGUAUUGAUAUUGAUAAUUAAUAAUAAGAUAUCUAAUGUGUCAUAUUCUGAAUGGUGUGGGAAGGUGUUUUAUUGUUUUUGGUUUAAGGUGGUUUACUCUUGUCUUUGCCACAAUUGUGAAUUGCAAUUUUAUACUUCCGAAUAGAGGUUGGACUAUGUAAUCAAAACAAUGUAUCUAACAAUAAAAGACACAUGGUGCCUUUGGGGGCCAUUUUCCCCAUGA